UGACCGAUAUAAUAAUUUUCGAUUGAACGAACAACACGGAUGGAUUAAAAAAAAAAAAACAAAAAGAAUUGAGUGCCUUUUUAAUUAUUUCGAACUAAGAGAGUAACUCGAAUAUUAAGCAGUAUUAGUUAUAACAAAUGUGCGCGUGUGUGCAAAGUAUGUGAAAAUUAUUUUGUAAGCGGCGAAAGCUUAAAUGGCUAUUGCAAACACCAAAUCAGACAACGAGCAACGAACUCGUGCAGCAGCGACGCCCAAGAAUGAAGCAGCAUAAGGCAACAUGAAAACUACAGCAACAACAAACAACACAGCAGCAUAAAAACAUAGAGAAAGCGAAAGAGAGGGGAGAGAGAAAGCAAGAGAGCAGCAGUUGUACGGCAACGACCCGAGCAGAAGCUGCCGCAACAACAGCAGUAAUAUUAGCGGGUGUUGUUGUUGCUGAUGUUCUCUUGAACGCUGCCAAUAGUCAUAUACGCCGAUCCCCACACUCACACACACACAGAUUCUGAUGCAUAUGUAGAUACAGAUACUGUAUACGAACAGAAUUCCAAAGAGCCUUUGAUGACGACGCCUCGCUGUGCAUAACGAUAUUUGUUAAAUACUUUGUGAUAGUCUUGUUUAUCGUUUUAAUUUAUUUGUUUAUACGCAAAAUAGUAUUGUAAGAUUUUAAGAGAAACCAAACAAAGUUGCAACCAAAUAGAAAGAAACCUGCAAAUGCAUUCCACAAGCACAACAACCAGAGUAUUCGACACAUUGAAAAUGCGCAUUUUGCUGCUGCUGCUGUUAUUCAGCUGUCUGGCUUUAAUUGAGGCAUGCUCCAGCCGCACCGUUCCGAAGCCGCGUCCAUCGGUCUCUUCGUCCAUGUCGGGCAUUGCAUUACCGCCAACACAGGCGCCGGCAACAACAACAACAAUGCGAACUACCACAACGACGACAACAGCCAGGCCAAAUAUCACAUUCCCCACAUACAAGUGUCCGGAGAACUUCGAUGCCUGGUACUGUCUGAACGACGCCCAUUGUUUUGCCGUAAAGAUAGGCGAGCUGCCCGUCUACAGCUGCGAAUGCGCCAUUGGCUUUAUGGGUCAGCGCUGCGAGUAUAAGGAAAUCGAUGGCUCCUAUCUGCCCAAACGUCCGCGUCCCAUGCUUGAGAAGGCGAGCAUCGCCAGCGGUGCAAUGUGCGCACUCGUCCUAAUGCUGUUCGUCUGCCUUGUAUUCUAUUUGCGCUUCGAGCAGCGUGCAGCCAAGGAGCGUGAACUUCAGGAGGACUACAAUGAGGAGGAGGAGGAAGGCAGCGAUGGCGAGCAUUGCGACUGCUGUCGCGAUCGAUGCUGCGCAGCUGGCGAUAAGCCGCUAGUCGUGGCACGUGGCAAGCUGCCCUAUCACAUGCGGCUGGAGCACGCCCUGAUGUCCUUUGCCAUCAGGCGCAGUACCAAGCUCUAAACUCAAACAGAAUUUCCAUAUAGAUAUAUUUAGACGAGUAUAUUUGAACUAUCAAAUGAUUUUGCCUUGCCCGUUAUGCAUGUCAUGUCGAAAAUGCGUACUACGAAUUUCUAUGUGCUUUAGUCGUAGUUUAAUGUUCCAUUAUACAUACUACAUAUAUUGUC